AGGCGAACUCCCUCAAGAUCAAUUGGAAGUAAAGGCGCGCCAAAAUGGUGCCCUCUCUGUACGCAGUCGGCCGUAUCUUGGUGACAGCUCUAGCCAUCAUCCCAUUCGCCUUCGCAGACCUUACUACCACUAUCGACCCAUCCUCCAACUGGGGAACCUGGGAAGGAUGGGGUACAUCCCUCGCCUGGUGGGCAGCAGCCUUUGGAACCCGUGACGACCUCGCCGACAUCUUCUUCACGACCCAAACCACGAACCUCGACGGCGUCUCCCUACCCGGGCUCGGCUUCAACAUCGCACGUUACAACGCCGGCGCGAGCAGCUGGAACAGCAUCAACGGCACCAGCAUGGUGGUCUCGCCCAAGAUGAUUCCCUCUCGCCAGAUUGAAGGUUUCUGGGUCGACUGGGCCUCCACUAGCCCCUCUUCAGCCAGCUGGAACUGGUCCGCCGAUUCUGCCCAGCGCGCCAUGCUCUCCAAAGCGCGCUCGCGCGGUACCAACAUCCUCGAGCUCUUCUCCAACUCGCCCAUGUGGUGGAUGUGCAACAACCACAACCCGUCCGGCUCCGACGACGGCAGCUCCGACAACCUACAAUCGUGGAACUACCAAAGCCACGCUGUCUACAUGGCCACCGUGGCCAAAUACUUCGCCGACCACUGGUCCACCACGUUCACGUCCGUCGACCCCUUCAACGAGCCCAGCGCGAACUGGUGGAAUGGAAAAACUGGCACGCAGGAAGGCUGCCACUUUGACGUGUCCACCCAGGCCACCGUCCUCAACUACCUGCGCAUCGAGCUCGACUCGCGUGGCUUGUCAUCGACCGUGAUCUCCGCGUCGGACGAAAGCUACUACGACCAGGCAGCCAAGACCCUCCAAAACCUCAGUGCGACCGCGCUCGGGAAAAUCGCCCGCGUCAACGUCCACGGCUACCAGUACGGCUCUGGGCGGCGCGACUCGGUGCGUAGCCUGGCGACGCAGUACAGCAAGAAGCUUUGGCAGAGCGAGUACGGCGAAGGCGACGCGACCGGCCGCGACCUAGCCAGCAACCUGCUCCUGGACCUGCGCUGGCUAUGGCCGACGGCGUGGGUGUACUGGCAGGCGCUUGACGGAGGCGGUUGGGGUUUGGUCGACGCCGACAACGACAAGAAGACGAUCGGCCAGCCGACGCAGAAGUACUUUGUGCUGGCGCAGUUUGCUAGGCAUGUGAAGCCGGGGAUGCGCAUCCUGGAUGGCGGCAGCGAUUACGCGACGGCGGCGUAUGAUGCGGCGACCAAGAAGCUGGUCAUUGUCGCGGUCAAUUGGGGCAGUGCGCAGUAUCUCAACUUUGAUCUGUCCAAGUUCAAGACGGCGGGAGUAGAUGGGGCGGUGGUGAAGAGGUGGGCGACGCAGAUUGGCGCGUCGACGGGGAAGAGGUAUGUCGCUGCUAGCGACACUUUCAUGCGCGGUACAAAGUUCUGGUCGUACUUUGAGAAGGAGAUGGUGCAGACUUUUGAGGUUGAAGAUGUUGUUUUGUGAAAUGAUAGAUUCUUGAAGUCGGCUUGUGGCAGAAGUGUCCCAGACGCACAGACUAUGAACAAGGUCAGAACACUAAACGGCAGAACGCAACAUUACCAAAAUUCUUAGGAAAAAAAAAAAAGGAGGAACAAAAUUGGUUAAUUGUAACAAAAAUAC